AUGGAAGGUGGCGAAGAAGAAGUUGAGCGCAUUCCUGAUGAACUUUUCGAUACAAAAAAGAAGCAUUUGUUAGAUAAGCUCAUAAGGGUCGGAAUAAUCCUUGUACUCCUGAUAUGGGGCACUGUUUUGUUGCUAAAAAGUAUACCUCACCAUUCAAACACACCAGAUUAUCAAGAACCCAACUCUAAUUACACCAAUGAUGGGAAAUUAAAGGUGUCGUUUUCUGUUGUAAGAAACAAUACAUUUCAACCCAAAUAUCACGAGCUGCAAUGGAUUAGUGACAAUAAAAUUGAAAGCAACGAUCUAGGUCUUUAUGUUACAUUUAUGAACGAUAGUUACGUUGUUAAAUCUGUCUACGAUGACUCAUAUAAUAGCGUUUUAUUAGAGGGAAAAACUUUCAUUCAUAACGGUCAAAACCUCACUGUGGAGUCAAUAACUGCGUCUCCCGACCUGAAGCGGUUAUUAAUUAGAACAAAUAGCGUACAAAAUUGGAGACACUCAACGUUUGGUUCUUAUUUUGUCUACGAUAAGAGUAGCUCGUCCUUUGAGGAGAUUGGAAACGAGGUGGCUCUAGCAAUAUGGUCCCCUAAUUCUAAUGAUAUUGCAUACGUCCAAGAUAACAAUAUAUAUAUUUAUUCUGCUAUUUCCAAAAAGACCAUACGGGCUGUGACCAACGACGGAAGCUCCUUUCUUUUUAACGGUAAGCCAGAUUGGGUUUACGAGGAAGAAGUUUUUGAAGACGACAAGGCUGCGUGGUGGUCACCAACUGGUGAUUACCUGGCAUUCUUGAAAAUUGAUGAAUCAGAAGUUGGUGAGUUUAUCAUUCCAUAUUAUGUCCAAGAUGAAAAGGAUAUAUACCCCGAAAUGCGCAGUAUCAAGUAUCCAAAAAGUGGCACGCCAAAUCCUCAUGCAGAGCUAUGGGUUUACAGUAUGAAAGAUGGAACAUCGUUCCAUCCAAGAAUAAGUGGAAAUAAAAAAGAUGGAAGUCUGUUAAUUACUGAAGUUACAUGGGUAGGAAAUGGAAACGUUUUAGUUAAAACUACCGAUCGAUCCUCGGACAUAUUGACUGUGUUUUUGAUAGAUACAAUUGCAAAGACUUCAAACGUGGUAAGGAACGAAAGUUCUAACGGAGGAUGGUGGGAGAUUACUCAUAAUACUCUGUUUAUUCCGGCAAAUGAAACAUUUGAUAGGCCUCAUAAUGGUUAUGUUGAUAUUCUUCCGAUUGGUGGUUACAAUCAUUUGGCUUAUUUCGAAAAUAGUAAUAGUUCACACUAUAAAACAUUGACAGAGGGGAAAUGGGAAGUGGUGAAUGGCCCACUUGCCUUUGAUUCAAUGGAAAAUCGUCUUUACUUCAUUUCUACACGAAAGAGUUCAACCGAACGCCACGUUUACUACAUAGAUUUACGGUCACCAAAUGAAAUUAUUGAAGUUACUGAUACUUCUGAGGAUGGUGUCUAUGAUGUGUCCUUUUCUUCUGGUAGAAGGUUUGGUUUACUCACCUAUAAAGGACCAAAAGUUCCAUAUCAAAAAAUUGUGGACUUCCAUUCUCGUAAAGCAGAAAAAUGCGACAAAGGUAAUGUUUUAGGCAAAUCACUAUACCAUUUGGAAAAGAACGAAGUACUUACCAAAAUUUUAGAAGAUUAUGCGGUACCCAGAAAAUCAUUCAGGGAAUUGAACCUAGGAAAGGACGAAUUUGGAAAGGAUAUACUAGUGAACUCGUAUGAAAUCCUACCAAAUGAUUUCGAUGAAACGUUAAGUGACCACUAUCCUGUAUUUUUCUUUGCAUAUGGGGGACCGAAUUCUCAACAAGUUGUCAAAACGUUUUCCGUAGGAUUUAAUGAAGUGGUAGCUUCACAAUUAAACGCAAUUGUAGUUGUUGUUGACGGUCGUGGUACUGGCUUCAAAGGUCAAGACUUUAGAUCCCUUGUUCGCGAUAGGCUCGGUGAUUACGAGGCCCGCGACCAAAUAUCUGCGGCUUCCUUAUAUGGUUCUUUAACUUUUGUUGAUCCGCAAAAGAUUUCCUUAUUUGGUUGGUCAUACGGGGGGUACCUGACACUAAAAACUUUGGAGAAAGAUGGCGGAAGACAUUUCAAAUACGGGAUGUCAGUUGCGCCAGUAACCGACUGGAGAUUUUACGAUUCUGUUUAUACUGAGAGGUACAUGCAUACUCCUCAAGAAAACUUUGAUGGAUACGUAGAAUCAAGCGUUCAUAAUGUCACUGCUUUGGCACAAGCAAAUAGAUUUUUGUUGAUGCACGGAACAGGAGAUGAUAACGUUCACUUUCAAAAUUCCCUAAAGUUUCUGGACCUUUUGGAUCUAAAUGGUGUGGAAAAUUAUGACGUCCACGUCUUUCCUGACUCAGAUCAUAGUAUAAGAUACCAUAAUGCGAAUGUAAUCGUUUUUGACAAGCUAUUGGAUUGGGCAAAGCGUGCUUUCGAUGGGCAAUUUGUCAAAUGA